AUGGCCAAGACGCUAAAAUUUGCGUACUCUGUUACUUCAAAGUUAGUUUCAGGUAGUAGCACGAAGCUAUUAGCACAGCCACAGUCAGGCAAAGCUGUAAAACAGUGUUUUGCCGGGGUAAAUUGUGGUCUGCUGUCUUCUUCAUCAAGGGCACACAAUAGCACGCUGUCCCGUCUGGGAAGACAAGUUAGCCGGUCAGAUAAAGAUAAACCGUGCGAGAUUCUUGCUUGUACAAACACCUACAGGGUGAGCUACAGCACUGAAGUUGAGAAAGAUCUGUCUACAUUCUUGGAAAAAGAGAUCAAGUUUGAAAGUUCAAAAGCAAGCGACAAACUGCCCAAAAUUGCUGGAUUUGACAUAACAACAGAUGGUGGGGACGUGACCUUGACAAAGAGCGGCAAAGGCGAGAAGAUCACUAUCAAGCUGAGUGUAAAUGGAGCAGUUGAUUCAUUUGGCUCAGAGGAUGUACCACAGGACGAUCAAGAACCACCCCAGAUGGUGUGCAGGCCUCCCUUCAAUGUUGAGAUUUCAAAAGGCAGCACUAUCCUGGCCCUGCAGUGCUCUUUCCCCUCUGCAUACCCUGAAGAUGAAGCGGAGUACGCCAAGGGAAAACCAGUGGAGGAACAGAUUGGUGACCAGUUUGAAAUUGAAGAGAUAGCCAUUCACGGAGGAGAGUGGACCGACACUACCUACACAGUUUCAGCCGAGACUAUGGAUGCAGAACUCUUCGACCUUCUAAUGGACAUGUUGGAUGAGAGGGGCAUCAACGACGAGUUUGUGGCACAGUUGAUCGACUUCUGUACAGCUUACGAGAACCAGCAGUAUGUCAGCUUUCUGCAGAAUUUGAAAUCCUUUGUUGACAAAUAG